AUGAAAGUUUUUCGUAAAAACUUUCUACGUAGUGAUGAAAUAGGCGUGAUUCCGUCGAAGGAAUACAGAAAUGCAGACAAGCAAUCGCAGAAAGCUCUGCGCUGGCUUGUGUGGAUGGAGCGCGAGCUCGGUCAUCCGGUCAUUCACGCGGGUCGAGGACGCGAACACAUAAUUGCAGGCGCGACUGUUGACGGAUAUUACGAGACGGAGACUGCUAACGAGACACGACGUUACGUUUUACAAUUCCACGGUUGUUUUUGGCACGGGUGCCCAAGUUGCUUUCGCGUUAAUCGUGAUCGUACACUUUUAUCCGCGAAUCCCGAAGACACCAUCGACACGCGUUACGAGCGAACUCUCGCGCGGACAUGGCGUCUUCAAAGACUAGGAUAUCGCGUGACCGAAAAGUGGGAGUGCGACUUUGAUCGAGAGGUGCGAGAAAAUCGGGAAAUGCAUACUUAUUUCGAAAAUCACGCGUUAUUGAAACUCGCACCUCUCAAUCCACGCGAGGCAUUUUACGGCGAACGUACCGAGAACAUCGCGACUCACUACGAAGUUAAGGGUACAGAGAAAAUGCGUUACGUCGACGUAUGUUCUUUGUACCCUUACGUAUUGAAAACCGGUGCUUUCCCGAUUGGUCAUCCCGAUAUUUACAUUGGUGAAGAAUGCGGUAGAUUAAUCGGGACAGCACCGAAUUUUAAUUUUGAUAACGUAGAGGGUCUUGUCCGCUGUAAAGUACUCCCACCGCGCGAUCUAUAUCAUCCGGUGCUCCCCUAUCGCGUUAACGGGAAAUUAAUAUUCGGACUAUGCCGUAGUUGCUGCGAAACCUUCUCGACGUUACCCUGCACUCACGAUUCUCCCUCCGAUCGUGAAUUCGAGGGUACAUGGGUGUCCUGCGAAUUGCGCAAGGCUGUCGAGAAGGGUUAUUUCGUGACAGAAGUGAGCGAAAUUUGGCAAUAUAAUGUCACGAGAUACGACCCCGGUACUCGGCAGGGUGGCUUGUUUGCCGAAUACAUAAAUACUUUCCUGCAAUUAAAGCAAGAAGCCAGCGGGUGGCCGAGCGAAUGCCAGGACGACGAGGCUAAAGAACGUUACCUUCGGGAGUACGAGAAAACCGAAGGUAUCGUUCUUGAAAAAAAUAAUAUUGCACGAAAUUCUGGCCUUCGUUCGGUCGCUAAGCUGUGCUUAAAUUCCUUUUGGGGAAAAUUCGGUCAACGAGCUAAUCUGCCUAAGACCGAGAUCGUGAAAACGUUUCAUCAUUUUGCCACUUUGCUCACGAGUCCUGAACACGAAAUAACCGGUAUAUUACCCGUCAACGACGAGGUAAUUUCUGGUGUUCCGAACGAGUACGAACCGCGUACGGGUAACUUUUUAGGUGACAUGACGGACGAACUCGAAAGCUAUGGCAGCGGUAGCUUUAUCGAGUCGUUCGUAUCAGGAGGACCGAAAUUUUAUGCGUAUGUGGUUCGUACGCCGCAAGGAAACACCCACGAGGUCUGUAAAGUAAAGGGUAUAACGUUAAAUUAUAAUAAUUCUAAGCUCUUAAAUUUCCGUACUAUAAGCAACUUAAUAUCGGGGAUAGAAGAAGAGGAAGAAGAGACAACGGGAAGGGAUGGCGUG